AUGUUGUGUCCACAGACCAAAAGCUACAUGUGCAGCAGCCAAGGCAGUGUGCUGUGCUUCACUGUGGACUUUGACUCCGGCUUCAGCUGCUCUCAAAGUCCUUCCAAGACUUUGCUGUGGCGAUACAAGUUUUCUCAGCUCAAAGGAUCAUCGGACGACGGAAAAACAAGGGUCAAGCUUCUGUUCAAGAACCCUGACAGCCAGCAGAUCGACAUGAAGGAGCUGGAGUUUGCAAACCUAACGGCCGUCCUCCACUGCAUCCACUCCUUCAUCGCUGCCAAAGUGGCUUCUAUGGACCCUCUGUUCAUGUGCACCCAGACUUUCCCUGGGAACCUCUCAAACUCCUGA